AUGCCAAAUGACUGCGCACGGCAGUGUCAGACCACUGGAACCCUGAAACCGCCAUUGACUCAUAGCAUGAGUCAGUCUUGACACCAUAUUAAUCGACACAGGCUGUUGCACUGAUUUCCUUUUCGGUCAUGGGCGCGCGAUCGCACACAGUCGUAAUGAUUUCCCGAGCGCAUGACAACGCGUUGUUGACGGCUAUUGACGCGGACGCGACCAAAUGACACGUACGUCAACGUCACAUGGCCGUCCAGUUGUCAGAAACUCUCAAGCGCGCAGCGGGCACCCCAGUUGCAUUGUUCUCUCGACGUCUACCGCUAUCUCCAACAUCUAACUCUCCAUCCUAAUGGGUUCGACGCUCAGCCAUACAUCGUUAGAAUGGGCCAUCGUGGCUGGUGUCGCAGGGGCUGCUACAUAUCGCUACCUCACAUACUCCAACUCUAGCGCACCAAGCAGUACACCCUCUGAACCCCCGACGGUUAGCAAAAAAGGUACGAAAGGCAAGAAGAAGAAACAGACACCGAAAACUGCCGGCGUCUCAAAGCCGUCUGAGAAGUCCAUCAGUACCACCUCCUCCAUCACCGCCACCACCGCCACUAGUAGCCCCACCGCCACCGCAACGUCUGCGCAUGGCAAUCCUGUGCCUGAACCUACUGUCGUUCCAUUUCCGCAUGUUAUUCCCGGGGAAUUUGACGCCGUCUCCCCCAGCUCGGACGACCAAAGCAUACAGGUGAAAAAGAACAAGGCAACGAAGAAGAAGACGAAGACGAAGAAGGAGAAGCAGAAAGUAACGGGGACGGCACUUGACGUUGCAGCCGAACGACUGUCAGCUUCCUUGGCAUCGCAGUCAGGCGGUGAUGUUCCCAAAACAUCCUUUGACAUGCCUAGCAAAGUGUUUUCUCCUAAACAGGACGAGGAGCUGCGCACGCUUCAAAUACGGUCUUCUUCUCCGUCAUUUGAUACUGAUUCUUCGUGGAUGCGGAUAGACACCCGUCAGACAGCACGAGGCCCUAAGACCGCUACUAGAUCAGACAAUCAAAUACUUGCGAUAACAACGGAUAUGACCAGCAGUGACGUGGGUCCAUCAACCGGCCACUCUGGAAUUGCCGAGCCUACGGAUGAGGAUGAAUCUGCUAGUCUGGACGCAGGCACCCCAGGAGAUAAGCGUCGAACGCUGGCUGAGAGGCUUUUGCCUAAACCUAGGAAAACAACCGUCGAUGACAUGCUUGAGCGCCCGGGUUAUCCUGGUUUAGCGCGUGUGAUGCGUGUACAGCCCCGGGCCGAUGAGGCCCCGGCGCCAGGAUUUUCCUGGAAGGAUUACGAGGAUGUGGAUGCCAGUAGCGGUACUUUACACGACGCAGAUGGGGAGGAUGAUGGCGAAUGGGGCAUCGUCAAGGGCAAGGGUCACCCGAAAGUAUCGCGACCCUCAGCCACGCCUUCGCAAGUUGUACAGCAAGUUCCAGGGACGUUAACCAAGAAACAGCGACAAAAUGCGAAAAGAAAUCAGAGUUUGAAAGAUGCUAAAGCUGACGCUGAAGUAGAGCGACAAGCGAAACUUGCCGAACGCAGGCGUGCUUUGGAGCGUGAGCAGAUAAUCAAUCAAUCACGCCAUGGAGGGGGUAAGCAAACUAGCGGCGGCAUGCAAGCCACCGUGGAUAACCGGGGAAAGUUAGUAUGGGACUAAGACAAUCAAUCGCGCCUUGCACCAGUUUCCAAAAUACUAUAUGGGAUCGCCGUGAUCUGCGCUAGAGACAUUUACUGACAUGGUUAGGAUAGGCUUAGUAGACUCGUGGUAUUACUAGAAUACAAAAUCUCGUAAUUGUGUCGUGAAAGAUGCUCAGAAAAAACGAGGCUGGGUGGGGUAUGCGAUCGCCAAAUUAAAGCGAAAAA